UCAAGUUCAAUAGCACGACAUUACGGCAGUGUCGAGCCAACCUGCGCACGCGCCGCAUUACUGCACUACAUGGGGACAUCAUGCGGACUGUGCUAGUUGUUGUCGUCUGUUGUGUUACCAGCGUGUUACCGGCCAGGCAUCUGCCUAAAUGGAAGAAGCAGCCGGUGCGAUUCCGACAGGCGUGCGAGCUGCCGGCCGUGCAGAGCGAGCACAGCCACUACGUGUGCGAUGAUAAGGGGGAGCCCAAGUGUCUGCCGGGCUGGCAGGGAGACCUCUGCGAUGUGCCCAUCUGUAAGAAGGGCUGUGAUCCGCUGCAAGGUUACUGCAAGCGUCCGAAUGAAUGCCGGUGCAAGCUAGGGUUCUACGGGGAGCGAUGCAACAAAUGCAUCCCGCUGCCCGGCUGCCAGCACGGGUACUGCAACGAGUCCUUCGAGUGCAUCUGCAGGGAUGGCUGGGAUGGCCUGUUCUGUUCUGAACCAAUCUGCCGCUCCGACUGCCACGCGACGCGCGGGUUCUGCGAGCAGCCGGGAGAGUGUCGCUGCAAGCUGGGCUGGUCUGGGGCCACCUGCCGCGCCUGCCAGCCGCUGCCGGGCUGCCAGCAUGGCUACUGCGACAAGCCGCUAGAGUGCAAGUGUAUGCCUGGGUAUACGGGACUGCUGUGUCAGACACCGAUCUGCUCCGCCGGGUGCCACACUGAGCGCGGCUACUGCCGGCGGCCGGGCGAGUGUCGCUGCAAGGUGGGCUGGACGGGCGCGACGUGCGGCGAGUGUCACCGCUACCCCGGCUGCGUGCACGGCGCCUGCAACAAGCCCUGGGAGUGCAUCUGUGAGCCUGGCUGGGGAGGCAUGCUGUGUGAUGAAGAACUCAACUACUGCGACAAGAACGUAGACACAUGCAAGAACGGCGGCAAAUGCGUCUCCCUAGAAUCCGGUGACGGCUACUUCAAAUGCUACUGCCCGCCAGGAGUUACGGGCAAAAAUUGUGAGAUUCUGCCAGAACCCUCCACGCCAAGCUUAAACGUCACUGAAGAAAACAGCUCUGAAAGUGUGGCGUCCAUUGAACUGGGGAUGUUGGAAGAGGGAAGCACCACGACUCCCAGUAAUGGGGAAAAUGAGACUGAGUAGCGAAUUAGUUUUAUACUUAGCAGUUUGAAGUCAUAUUGUAAGGGAUCAGGGAGUUGGGAGGCAAAAAUAAGGUACAUACGUAUGUGUUUAUAACUUCGUUUAGUAUGCUACAAAGUUUGAAUAAAAGGGCUGGGUUGCUUCAGUUUAUGUAAAAAAUAAAUUUGAAGACGACUAGAUUCGGCAAAAUUUCGUUAAACGUUACAAGAUGUUACAAGUAGACUUGCUCAAUAUCGUCCAAAUGAAAAAAUAUGCAAGAAUCUUAAAGGUGUAGUAGAAUAGAAAAUACAAUGGACAUAAUUAAUUUGUCAACAAUGGUACAUGUUUAAGAAAUGAUGUUUAUUAUGAUGUAAUGUUAUGUCUCGGAUGCGGUGAUGUUUAUUUGUUUUAUAUUGCUAAUGUUCGUAUUUGGAAAACUAAACUGGAUACAUUUUGACUAGUUAGGUCCGGUUGUUCGAAGCUCGGUUACGUCAAGGUUAGGGUUAAAUUCUAGUUACAGUUUAACAGGGUUUAAAUUCAAAAAGCGUUUUUGAACGUUAAAAUGUCAUAACAAAAAUGUCAAAUUAACCGGGGUUAAAAUUGACAACGGUAAAAUUUUAACUUUAUCUUUACCGUACCGUACGAACAACCGGGCCUAACUGUAUGAAUGGUAAUAAAAAUAUCUACUAUGAUAGGAAUAGAUGAAUUAUUAGGUGAAAAUUAUAGGCAUUUUACACACUAAAUUGUCCUGGUAGGAACUUAAUAGUUACUGUUACUUUCAGGGGAAUAAAUAGACAUACAUAUCUAUAGUGGGUAGGUAUAUUAGGUAUGUUUUUUAAAAACGAACGUUAAUUAUAUGUAAUUAAUUAUUUAUUGAUGAAAUGUGUUCUUGUUGUGAAAGUGAAUGUUUAUUUAUUACAUGAUGAAUGUAUGGUUGUUUUUUAUCAAUUAAGGUGUAAGUUAUUUAUUU